CAGGUUAUUUCCACGUUAUCGCCGAACCAAGCAAAAGCAGCGAACCUCCGUCAAACCAAAAAAGAAAGCACAAACACAAAGCAGCCUUGAGGGAAAAAAAACACAAAACCACAGAAACUAUUCCUAUUUUGUUUGGUUGUUUGAAAAAAAAAAGAGCAAAAAAGAUGGUGUUCUACUUCAAAGCCAGACCAGAUGCAGGAGAUUACACUAUUUUUAUGGGUCUUGACAAGCACGAGAACGAGGAGCUUAUCAAAUAUGGUUUCCCUGAAGACAUCUGGUUUCACGUGGACAAAAUGUCUUCUGCCCAUGUUUAUUUAAGGCUGCAUAAAGGUCAGACCAUCGAUGGUAUAAGUGAAGGUGUACUUGAGGAUUGUGUGCAGCUUGUCAAAGCAAAUUCGAUUCAAGGCAACAAGGUGAACAACAUCGAUGUUGUUUACACUCCAUGGGCCAAUUUGAAGAAAACUGCUUCCAUGGAUGUUGGCCAAGUCGGCUUCCACAAUUCAAAGAUGGUUCGAACUGUGAGAGUGGAAAAGCGGAUAAAUGAGAUAGUUAAUAGAUUGAACAAAACAAAGGUGGAAAGAAAGCCUGAUUUGAAAGCCGAGAGAGAAGCAGUCAAUGCAGCAGAAAGAGCAGAGAGAAAGCUUCAUCUGAGAGAUAAAAAACGACGUGAGGAAAUGGAAAGGCUUGAAAAGGAGAGACAGGCAGAGAUGAGGAGCUACAAGGGUUUGAUGGUGGCAGAAAAGAUGACAUCUAAUAAACAAAUAGCAUCUGAAAACAAGUCCUUGCAGGAGCUGGAAGAUGACUUCAUGUGAAACAACAGUAUCUAAAGGUCAUCAUCAAGCCUUCAGAUUUUUGGUUUUUUUCAGGUCAGCCAUUUGCUGACUGAUUCACACAGAAUGCUCCACGGUCUGAUGUGGUGUAUUCAGGUCAUGGGCAUAUCCUUUUCCGUUUCACAUAUUGGAAAGUGGAUAUUGAAUUAGAUGGAUUCUUUGUGACUUGCUUACCAGUGCAUCUUAGAAAACUAAUAACUAUGAAGUUAUGGAAAGUUUGACGAGCAAGAAAACGAGGGUUAUCACGCCAUAUUUUUCAAUUGCUAGACAUGAGUAAUCAAUUCUUUUGGAAAAUCUGUAUGCAUAGUUUCCUGUGAUCUGGAGGGUUGUUUUAUUGUCAUGAGAGCUGACUAUGUCUGCAGAGUUACCAGGUGCGUCAUGGCUAACCCCAUCCGUCCCCGUGAGAACUGCGUCUAUCUCGAGAUCCAUGCAAUUAGUGAAAUGCAAAGCUUAGUUCAUAAAUUUUCAAUACAGGCUUAAGCAAUGAGAUUCCUUCUAUCUGUACCUUCAGUAUCUUCAGAAGGAGAGCGCAGGUAGAAAAGGACACUUCCAGUUGCUGCUGUUUCGACUUCAAAUUCAGACACAAGAAAGAAACCGUACACUCUGCAACCUGAUCUGGAUUUCCCUUGUGACAGGAGAUGGAAUUUUUGUAAGGGAAAGUACUAGACUGGUAAAAUAUUUAUGUGUUGCAAUUGCUUUUUUUUCAAGGAAAAAAACUUAAUAAUUGAGGUUA